AAAGAUUUGGACAAGAACAGCGCUGAUCCGAAGUAAACCAAACAAAUCUAGACAUUGCAUGUUCUAUGCUUGUUCAGGACGUAACAAGACCCUUAACGAAGAGCUUCUCCGAUACGGCCGUCUUUACUCAACUGUCGAUUUCCCAGUAGGAACUAUUUUGAAACUAACCCAUUCUUCUAGAUCGGUUUCUGUUAUUUUUAUUCUUUUACGGAAAAUUUAGACAAUAUUAAGAACAACGUAAACUGUGUUAUUCAGACACUCAAAUGGCAACGAAAGAACAUAAAGAUUUGUCUGACAUUGUGAAGGGAACUCAUGCCCUGUUACGCGCUGAGUAUCAGCGAUAUGGUGCUGAAGUAGCGUGGGAGCACCACGUGUCGCAAAAUGACGUUUUGCAGAAAUAUGCUGUAUCCAUGCAAAAGUUGGCCACUAAAUGCUGGAUGGAGAAUAAUUUGAAUCCAAGGAACGAUACAUACUGUAGAAUAACAUGGAUAAAAAUUCAGUGCAGGGAAUACUUUCUCAACGGCGGCAAAAAGAAGUACGACGAACGGGAGCGAGAUAUAAGCAUCAAGAUGGCUCUGAAUGAAGCGAGCAAUGAAAAUUUUCAAAUCUCCAACGAUAACUGCGGCUAUAUGGCAAAAGAACUACAAAAUACUUAUGAGCGAAGAGUAUCACUGGAUGUACUGGAUGUAGGAAGUUGUUACAAUCCUCUCGGUGACGAAGAUAUUUUCAACGUCACUGCGAUAGACUUGACUCCUGCGACGAACACAGUUUUUCGAUCCGAUUUUCUGAAUGUCGCGAUCGGGAAAGAGAAGAUUCUUUCACAGGAUGAGCGUGAACUCCGUCAGUUAGCUGUGAAUUCGUUUGAUGCUGUAGUGUUCUCCCUGUUGCUGGAAUAUUUUCCAUGCCCAAGACAAAGAUACAUCUGUUGCAGGAAUGCCUACGAUGUAUUGAAAAAUGGUGGCAUAUUGAUUAUCGUGAGCCCGGAUUCUAAGCACGUCGGUGCAAACGCGAAACUGAUGAAAUCUUGGAGAUACACGCUGAGUAAAUUAGGAUUUAUGAGAAUUAAGUAUGAAAAACUGCAUCAUAUACAUUGUCUGGUAUUCAGGAAAUGUAUAUGUAAAAAUGUAGCAAUACGUUGGGCCGAUCUGCAUAGUUUCUCCAAGGAUGAUGAAAAAUAUAUAUCUGACGAGCAAAUUUUUAUUCCGCAAGACUUUCAGAAUAUUUGUUUUAAGGAAAAACAAAAAAAUAUUACAUAUGAAUAUGAUAAAAAUGACUUAAUAAGUACUUUUUCCGAAUUGCCUUUUGAUAACAAAGCAUUUCAAUAAAAACAUGUGAAUGUGUUAAUUAUAGAAUAAAACA